CAAGGCUUUGAAAGAGCCGCAAUGUGCAGUCUGUCCCACUGUCGUCAGCAGCGUGAACAUUUUUGAUAUAUUCCAUCGGAUGAUGACGGAUAGUGACGGAUAGUCUCUCUCACCGAUAUCGCUGCAGCUGAGAGCGAAUCCUCGGUCACCAGCGUAUUAAAACUCCAUAAGCUCAAUUCUUUGACACCACAAGCUUCAUAUUCACACAUUGUACUGUGCAGAACUUUGGAAGGACAAUAGUGACGAUGACUUCCUAUCCUCCGCCGCCGGUCAACACCAUUGAUUGGAGCAAUAUUGGUUUUAAGAUCCGCGAAGUCGCCGGCCACGUCGAAUCCCACUAUUCCCUCAAAACCCGCCAAUGGACACCCCCCACCUUCAUCGAAGACCCAUUCCUUCGCAUCCACGGCAUGGCCCCAGGUCUCAACUACGGCCAACAAUGCUACGAAGGCAUGAAAGCCUUCCGGUCCCCCACUAACACGAUCUCCAUUUUCCGCCCGACCCAAAAUGCCGCCCGCAUGCAGCACUCCGCAUCCUUCAUCUCCAUCCCACCCGUGCCUACCGACCACUUCCUCGCCUGUUGUAAAUUAGCAGUUGGUAUGAACGCUGCAUACGUCCCACCGCAUGAUACUGGCGCUGCAAUGUACGUGCGUCCGUUACUCUUUGGGAGUUCUGCACAGUUGGGCUUGAAUCCGCCUGAGGAGUACACGUUCUGCGUAUUUGUGGUUCCCACGGGUGUGUAUCACGGCACCCACCCGGUCGACGCAUUAAUCCUAGAGCAUUUCGACCGUGCAGCGCCCGAGGGUACCGGGUCAGCGAAGGUUGGUGGGAAUUAUGCACCUGUGUUACGGUGGAGUGAGAAAGCGCAUCACGACGGGUAUGGAAUUACGUUGCAUCUGGAUAGUAAGACGAGGACCGUGAUAGAUGAGUUUUCGACGUCGGCAUUUAUUGGGGUGAAGAAGGAAGAGGGGGGAAAGGUGAGGUUAGUUACGAGUAGUAGUAAGAACGUUAUUAAGAGUGUUACGGGCGAUAGUAUUCUUAAGAUUGCGGAGAGUUUUGGGUGGGAGACUGAGUCGAGAGAGAUCCCCUACACCGAACUUACCACCUUCGACGAAGUUCUCGCGGCGGGUACCGCAGCCGCCCUAGUCCCCAUCAAAUCCAUAACGCUCGAGUCCGCAAACGAGAAAUUCGUUUACCGCGACGGAUCCGAUGAACCCGGGCCCUGCUGCGUCAAGCUUUUGCAAACACUAAAGGGAAUCCAGUUGGGAAAGAUUGAGGACCAGUUUGGAUGGCUAGAGGAUGUGGAAAAGCCUGAGCAGUGGGGAAAUGGGAAGGCGAAUGGAGAGAAGAUGGAUAAUAACGUUGAUGCUCUGCCGUGAGGUGGGGAAAUGGGUUUGGGAUGUUGGGAGGUGAUAGGAGCAGUAGGGGAAAGUCGGGGAAGGGGAAUGGUGUCGGAAAGAAGAUCGAAAGUUUACCAUUGAUCUUUAUGGCGUCGGGUAGAAAAGGGGAUUUUGCAGAAGUAGUCUGGAUUGAGGCAUGUGUCUCGCCACUUCACUCAAAUUUUUU